AUGGAUGUACAGCGCCAAACCUCCGCCUUUGGACUUGUCUGGUCUGAAGCUACAGUCCUGUCGGCUCGGAACAAAGAGCGGCCUGCUAGCUCCACCGCCGCGUCGGGGAUGUUGUUGUCCAGCCAGGUCUCGGUGAAAAUCGCCACACAGCUGUCCAUCCGAUGUGAGACAAUCCUCAGUCGAAUUUCGUCCAGUUUGUUCGCGACUGACCUGACGAGGAGGAUACUGGGCAGAGUCAUCACCACUGCAGCUCCACCAGCAGCCUCAAAGUGCACUCUUCUAAACAGCUUCCAGCCAGGAUUUGUGGUCCAGGGUGAUUAUGUCAUAGGUGGGAUUUUCCCCAUUCAUUAUAAUGUGAAAAUGCCAGACCUUAACGGCACCUACAGACCACCACCAAUAAAUUGCAAUGGAUUUGAUCCCAGGGCUUUCCGGUGGGCUCAGACUAUGAGACUGGCAGUGGAGGAGAUAAACCAGAAUCCAGUGCUGUUGCCGAAUCACACUCUGGGCUACAAAAUCUAUGAUUCAUGUGCAUAUCCACUGACAGGACAGAGAGCUGUUUUAUCGAUGCUGAAUGGGGUGAGUGAGGAAAACUCUUCUAUGUGCACAAAUGCCUCAUCAAUCCUCGCUGUGAUUGGGGCUUCUGGAUCUGCUCAGUCUAUUAUUGUGUCAAGAAUCCUGCAGCCAUUCAAGAUCCCCAUGAUCAUCUACUUUUCUUCGUCUGCAUGUUUGUCAGACAGAAAAAACCAUCCAACCUUCUUCAGAGUACUUCCCAGUGAUAACUACCAGGUGAAAGCCAUUGCACGGCUGCUGGUGCACUUUAACUGGACUUGGGUGGGGCUGCUACAAGAAGACAGUGAUUAUGGCCGUUUACCAGCAAAAGGUUUACUAAGAGAAUUACAGAAAACCAAAGUAUGUGUAGCGUACCAAGAAAUGAUUCCUCUGCUCUACACUCACCAGGCGGGACUAAGGAUAAUGAAGGUGAUGCAACGCUCUAAUGCAAAAGUGGUGGUGGUAUUUGCUGGUGAGGGGGCGAUGACACCUUUCUUGAGAGACUACAUGACUCAGAACAUCACUGGAAUCCAGUGGGUGGUGAGUGAAGCCUUGGUCACAGCAUCAGUCUUCUCAGGGAGAGAGUAUUACCCUUACGUGGGAGGAACCAUUGGGUUUGGCGUCAGAAAAGGUCAUAUCUCCAGACUGGGUGACUUCCUGCAGACAGUAAACCCUAAGAGAUAUCCUGACAAUGUCCUGAUGCCGCCCUGCUCAGGGCAGGAGACUCUGCUUGAACAGCAUUCAGCCUACAUGAAUACAUCCAGCCCUAGAGUUGCCUAUAAUGUAUAUAAGGCUGCAUAUGCCAUUGCUCAUUCCCUGCACAACCUCCUUCUCUGUCAGCCGGGCAGGGGGCCUUUCCAGAAUAACUCAUGUGCUCAGAGCAACAACAUACACCCUUGGCAGCUGCAACAUUACCUCCAGGAAGUGAACUUUCAGAUUGCUGGUGAGAUGGUGAACUUUGAUGCCAAGGGCAACUCUGCACCCUAUUAUGAUAUUAUCAGCUGGCAGAGAGGCCCACAAGGAAACAUUGAAUUUGUCAAUGUGGGUUUGUUUGAUGGAACCAAGGCUGUUGGAGAGGAGCUGUUGAUCCAGGAGGACGGGAUAAUGUGGGCAGGACAUCAGAUAUCUGUUUGCAGUGCCAGUUGUCUUCCAGGCUUCCGGAAGGCUGUCCGUCGUGGGGAGCCUAUCUGCUGCUUUGACUGUGUGCCAUGUGACAGUGGCAAAAUUAACAAUCAAACAAUAGAUUGUAAAAUUUGUCCUGAGGACUUCUGGUCAAACAACAACAGAACAGCCUGCAUCUCCAAGAAAGUGGAGUACUUGACCUUUGAUUCAUUGGGAAUAGCCCUGACAGUGAUGUCUGUGGUGGGCGCCUGCUUCACUCUGGCUGUCUGUGGAGUCUUCUUCUGUCACAGACACACAGCCAUCGUCCGUGUCAAUAACUCUGAGCUCAGUUUCUUCAUACUGUUUGCACUGACUCUGUGUUUCCUGUGUUCUCUGCUUUUCAUUGGAAAGCCAACAUAUUGGUCUUGCAUGCUGCGCCACACUGCCUUUAGCAUCACAUUUUCACUGUGUAUUUCCUGCAUCCUGGGGAAGACCCUGGUGGUACUGGCUGCAUUCACUGCCACCAGGCCAGGGCACAACAUCAUGAAGUGGCUGGGGCCUAAGCAGCAGAGGACCAUCAUCUCCAGCUGCACUCUGGUUCAGGUGCUUAUCUGUGCUGCCUGGCUCUUUGAUGCUCCCCCAUUUCCAUCCAGAAAUACACAAUAUGAACAUUCAAAGAUCAUACUGGAGUGUAGUGUGGGCUCUAGCCUGGCAUUCUGGUGCGUUCUUGGAUAUAUUGGUCUCCAGGCCUGUCUGUGCUUUGUAUUGGCUUUUCUGGCCCGAAAGUUGCCGGGGAACUUCAACGAGGCCAAGUUCAUCACAUUCAGCAUGCUGAUCUUCUGUGCUGUGUGGCUAGCAUUCAUCCCUGCUUAUAUCAGCUCCCCUGGAAAUUAUGCAGAUGCAGUUGAGUCAUUUGCCAUCUUGGCCUCCAGCUUUGGCUUAUUGUUCUGCCUGUUUGCUCCAAAGAGUUACAUUAUUUUACUGAAGCCUGAAAAGAAUACAAAACAGCAUUUGAUGGGGAAAGAAAAGAAAUGAUGAAACACAAAUAAACUCAAAGCUAUUGAAUCAGUAGCAAAUGGACU